AUGUAUGGGUCAGAUAGUUUCCUGGAGAACCGCACAGUACCUGAUAUUUUUGUACCUGCUAAUGAUGUCCUGGGGAGCCUAACAGGAGCUGAGGAGAGAGCCAUUCAGGCCAGGCCACAAGAAGAGGCCGUGGGGCAAACUAAUGACUGCAUGUUGAAGGCUUUAGACUUAAGAUCCACAGGACAAAUGCCAGAGUGGGUUCGAAUCCAGCUUCUGCUUCAUACAAGAGUAGGAAAUGUUAAACGGGAUGACCACACAAAAAGUAAAAGGAAGAAAGCAACAUCCAGUGGAAGUGAUCCUGACAAAGUUUCACCACAUCAGCAUGCCUGCAUACAAGACACAUAUGGCUGUGUGAAUUGGUGUCCUGAUCAGAUGCCACUGGGAGAAACAGUAGAAACCCAAAAAUGUCAUAAGAGAGAAUUGAAGAAAUUGUUUCUUGAGGGAAUUCAAGAUUCAGCAAUUAUAUCCCAGAAAAUGGUGGUAACAUAUUAUUCGCAGAGAAAGGAUAUAAUUAACAAUGUGGCAGUGGAAACUAUUAUAGUUCACUUUAAGCAAUUAAGUGGAAUUCAUUUAGAAGAAACAAUGAGGGAAUCCUUUUCAACUAAAGGAAAGAGAGUUCUGGCCUACAUGAGAAGCCUUAGAAGUGAUAGACACAGAAAAGUAGUUGAAGUAAAUGCCUUGUUGAAGACUGCUGAAAAAGCAACAUGCAGCAAGCUACAUGAGGUUCCGGGCAUAGUCUUGCUCCUUUUUGCAUAUUUCAAUGAAAACGAAAAUCUGAUGUUCUACCAAGUCAGUGACACAUGCUUAACAAAUGAGGUAUCUGUGUCUGCUCUUCCAGCAUCACUGUGUAUCAUUUUUUGUGGAGACUCUCUGCUGACUGCAAGUUGCUUCAUGUUAAGUGUUGAUAAAAAUGAUGUCAAAGAGAAUAUUCCAGUAUUUUUAGAGGCCUUCGAGAUGAUGUUUGCUGCUUACUACAUUUUCAAUAUUCAGUAUCCAUCUGAUGUAGGAUCAACACUAGAAUUCAUACAAAGGCAAGUUUUAGUAAAACUCUAUAGGUAGCUUAUGCAUUUCAGUUGUUUAAUGGCAUUAUUGAUGACAUAUAUGUGUUUGUGUGUAUGUUUGUAGGUUUGUAAAAGGUGGUCUGAUAUAAUUGAUAUCAUUGUAUGUGGAUGGUCAGUUUUCAGACAUUGGCUGUACUGGAAAGUUACAAGCACCUUGUGGUGUGACCGAUGCCGAAGCAAUGUCCAAGAAUUAACAACCGUACUGGUAUCAUGUGUCUUAUUAUAUUUUCACUUUGACUGAAUCUGCCAUUAGUUCUAGAUUCCCAAGUAUAAAACAUUACAAAUUUUUAUGUUCACUUAAACUAUAACUUUAAUUAUUUACCUUAGAUGUUUUGCCAACAUCAACCCAGAAAGAGGCACAAAAGUUCAGCGGAGCAAGUCAAAGAAACGGUAUGCUGUAAACCCAAGAGUGUUCACCUUAAUUUCUGCACUUGCAGAUUUUGAAUGGAGGCAAUGAA